UACAUGACGAUAAAGACCACACUGCUUGAUCACCAAUUUCCCGGUAUUUCUCGCCCGUAAUGCCAUCAAUUUGCUGUUCGGCGUUCGAAAAAUCCUCAGUUCGAACCGCCAUUUUGAAUUUGGCGCCCAGUAAGCAUGCGUCGAUAAGUACAGCCGCCGGGCAGCCGCCGAGAUUUCUUGACGGCCACGUGACACAGCGCCAUAUUGACUUCGAACGGACAACGAAAAUGACAGACAGAUACAACAUUCACAGUCAACUUGAACAUUUACAAUCAAAGUAUGUUGGCACUGGCCAUUCAGACACAACAAAAUUUGAGUGGCUGGUGAAUCAGCACAGAGACAGUUCAGCUUCUUACAUUGGACAUUAUAACCUACUGGAUUACUUUGCUUUAGUUGAGAAUGAAACAAGAGCCAGGACCAAAUUUAACCUUUUAGAGAAAAUGCUUCAACCUUGUGGGAAUCCACCACAUAGGCCAGAGGACUAAGACUUCAGUUAUGAUGUAAGAUGGACUCACGAUGGAUUGCAUUUUCCUCUUCUUUUCACUGACAUCCCAAGAAAAGUUUCACAGCACCUAGCCUUGGAUACAGUAGUAUAUCCGUAGGCCUUCUAAGCUCUUUCUGGCAGAGUAGUUUGUAGUAACCGCUAGGUUAUUUUAGUUGCCUCAGUUUUAAACUAUUUUUCUUUACUUGUAUUACGUUUAUAACAUUUCGCCGAUGGCGUAUUCAUAAGGAUCUUGGAACUAAAUGCCAUUAAAUUCAACAUUGCUGAAACGUCCUGUAAAAUAACAAAGCAUCUGCGUCAAAACACUGAAGAUAUGUAAAAACUAUUAAACUGUGCUGUCAGUUAAAGCUAUACAAUGUGUUCUUUGUCAACUCAAAAAAAAAGGGCAAAACACCUCGUGAGCGAUUGCGCGAAUAGUUGUACAGCUGUUUAAAAUAAAGGUUGUUAAUUUUGAUGCCA